AUGGGAACAGGGACUAAAAAAUCCAGAAUAGAUAUGGCUUUAGGCAAUGAUGAUUGGUGUAAUGUUUUUCCUAAUGCUAAACUCUACCAUCUUGUACAGGCUGGUUCUGAUCAUUGUCCAAUAAUGCUGCUUACUGAGCUAGAAAAUAGAAAGCUUUGGAGACCCUUUAAAUUUUAUAUCAUGUGGAUAAAAAAUAAUGCUUUUAAGCAACAGUUAGUUGCUUCCUGGAACACUGAUGUUAGUGGCUCUCCAGCCAAUAAACUAACUGGGAAACAUCAUGUUACUAGAAAGAGGCUUUCUUAUUGGAAUAAAAUUGAGUUUGGAGACAUAGAUAGAAAUAUUAAUAAACUCCAGGAUCAAAUUUUGGCUGUUCAGCAGGAACAAUAUUCUAAUUCUCAGCAUGAUAAACUUAUAGAAAUUAACAAGAAUUUGGAGUUCUGGGAAGACAUUUCUAGAAUAUUGGUUACUCAUUUUAGUGAUGUUAGUUGUUCUUCUAAUGUUACUAUCCCUGAUCAUAUCUUUAAUAUUAUUCCUACUGUUUUUAAUGAGAAUGAUGUUGCUGAUAGUUUCAAUAGAAUACCUACUGAUGAAGAAAUAUUUCAAACUGUGAAAAGUAUGUCUUCUUGGAGCUCCCCAGGGCCUGAUGGCUUUCAAGCAGGGUUUUACCAGUCUAAUUGGAAUAUUGUAGGAUAUAUGCCAACUGAAUUCAAUAAGACUUAUCUAUCUUUGAUUCCUAAAACUGAUACUUCCAAGUAUGUUGUAGAUUUUAGGCCUAUAGGUUUAUGUAACACUGUUUAUAAGCUUAUUUCUAAAAUCCUUUCUAAUAGAAUUAAACCUCAUCUUAAGCAUAUCAUUUCUCCUUGUCAAGAUGCUUUUGUCCCUGGUAGGAUUAUUCAUGACAAUAUCAUUAUAUUCCAUGAGAUGAUACAUACAAUGAAACAUAAGGAAGGUAGUAGUGGUACUAUGGAUUUAAAAUUGGAUCUCUCUAAAGCUUUUGACAGACUUGAGUGGCCAUUUCUUUUUGGAAUGCUUAGGAAAAUUGGUUUCCAUGUAAAAUUUUGCAAGCUGGUAGAACAAUGUAUUAGCACAUCUAAGAUAUCUAUUCUUCUCAAUGGUUCUCCCACUGAGGAAUUUUAUCAUACUAGAGGUAUAAGACAAGGGGAUUCCCUUUCCCCUUAUAUGUUCAUUAUUGCUAUGGAAUUUUUAUCUAGAUUGCUUACAAAUGCUGCUAAUAACCAUGUGAUCUCAGGAUUUAAAGAUGCUAGAAAUGCUCCAGGUAUCACUCAUCUUUUAUUUGCAGAUGAUAUUCUCAUCUUUGCUAAAGCUGAUAUGCAUAACAUAGCUGGUAUCUUGGAUGUGCUUGAGAAAUUUGGCAUGUACUCUGGUCAGAUGCUCAAUUUUGGUAAAUCUAGUGUUUACUUUAGUAAGAAUAUUAGUCUUGAAAACAAAACUUUUCUUACUAAUGCUCUUAAAAUGUCUGAGAUGAAGGACUCUGACAAGUACUUAGGUGUAACUCUGUUGCUAGGAAGGGAUAAAACUAAAGCCUUUAAACCCAUCCUCCAGUCUUUUGGAUCAAGAUACAAAAAUUGGAAAGGAAAAACCAUGAAUCAUUCUGCUAGAACAACCAUGGUUAAACAUGUUUUAAACACUCUUCCUUCUCAUAAGAUGAGAAGUUUUAGAAUUCCCAAAACUAUGAUAACUCAGUUGGAUACUCUCCAAAGACAGUUCUGGUGGGGAAAAGAAAAAGGUCUUUUCUUUAUUGGUUGGAACAAGCUUAUGGUUCCAAAGGCUCUUGGUGGUCUAGGUUUUAGAAAUCUUGAACACUUUAAUACUGCUCUUCUUGCCAAAGUGGCUUGGAGAGCUUGUAAUGAUGAGGAUUCUUUGUGCUUUGAAAUUCUUAAAGCCAAGUAUUCUAAAGAUGGAAACUUUCUGCAAUGUGGUACAAAAAUUAAUAUAUGGCUAGAUUGUUGGAUUAUAGGUCUUGAUAGUCCACCUGUUCCUAUCGUAGGUUCUUCUAGUUAUAGUAAUUUUACAUUGAUUCCUUCCACUGGAGAGGACUUUCUUAUUUGGAAACCUGACAGAAAAGGUCAAUUUUCUGUCAAGAGUGCCUAUAAUACCAUUUGCACUAAUGAUGUCAAUAGUAUAGUUUCUAUUGAUACUACUCCUAAGGAAGUUUGGUCUCAAUUAUGGCAUUUUAGAAUCCCUCAUAGAGUUCAACUUUUCAUUUGGAAGUGGAAUAAUACUGGCUCUCCUUUAUGUCUAACUGAUACUAAGUAUGUCUACAGAUUAAUGACUACAAUGUGUUUUGUUUCUAAUUCUACUAAUGUGUUAAAUAUUAAGGCUUGGGUUCCUCCUGAUAAGGAAUUUGUGAAAAUAAACAUUGAUGGAUCUUAUAAAUCAACAACAAAAAAAGGGAGUAUUGGUCUAAUUCUACGUGACUCUGCAGACCAACAAUCACAUGUUCAUUGGUUCAACUCAAAUAUAGUGGAAAAAGUGAAAUCUAAAUGCAAUAGUAGUAACAGACUUUGGUUUUUUAAAUCCAUUCAUAGACUAGGUAAUAAUGUUGCGCAUUCUCUAGCUCGUAAAGCAAGAGAUGACGAACAAGAUUUCUGUUUUGUCUCAGAUUUCCCUGUUUUUAUUUCUAAACUUUUGGAAAAAGAUCACUAUAAUCUUGCAGUAUGA